AUGCAGUUCAAGAUAGAAAUCAUCGUACUCUUUCUUCUUUUCGGCUAUAAAGUCACACUGGCAUUAUCAUCUACUGAGGAUGAUGGAGAAGAGCCUUGGUAUAGCAAAGCCUGCAAAUGUGAUUGUCAAGGCAAUUCCAAUUCAUUAUGGUCAUCUGGAGCAACUAGCUUAGGCUGUAUGCCAGAAUGCCCAUACCAUAAACCUUUGGGCUUUGAAUCUGGAGUUGUUACUCCAGACCAAAUCAGUUGCUCCAAUCCAGAACAGUACAUAGGAUGGUAUUCUUCAUGGACAGCAAACAAGGCACGUCUCAAUAGCCAAGGCUAUGGGUGUGCGUGGCUCUCCAAAUAUCAAGACAGCAGUCAGUGGCUACAGAUAGACUUGAAAGAGAUCAAGGUGAUUUCAGGGAUCCUCACACAGGGACGCUGUGAUGCUGAUGAAUGGAUGACUAAAUACAGUGUACAGUACCGGACUGACGAGGGCUCAAACUGGGUUUAUUACAAGGACCAGACUGGCAACAAUCGAGUGUUCUAUGGGAACUCAGACAGAACAUCCUCUGUCCAGAAUCUCUUAAGGCCUCCCAUUGUUUCCCGAUACAUCCGUUUAAUUCCCUUGGGCUGGCAUGUGCGGAUCGCCAUCAGGAUGGAGCUGUUGGAGUGCAUGAGUAAAUGUGUUUAGCAUUGCUGAAGAGCAAUGUAGGACAAGAUUAGAUAGAUCAAAAAUGGUCUUUCAGAAGAAAAAUGAAUAAGUAUACUGCUAGGUAGAAGUGUUGAAUUUUGCAAAGUCUUAGAUAUCAGAACCCCUCGCCUAAACUUCUUUUGAACUUUUCACCUUCAAAAAAAAAAGGAAUAGCAUUUUAUAAGUGGUUUAGAUUUCACAAGACACCUGUCUCCUGCAACCAGCACCUACUAAAAGAUGGAAGAAAGCACUUUUCCCAAAGCCAGUUUCUUGAGGAAAGGAUACAUUAACAAUUUAUCUGUUGAAAUCUUUCCUUGGGUGUCAGUAAUCUGAGGAAAAGUGUAAUUUCAGUGGGGUCAUAAGUUGCCUGAAGGUGUAGGUUUUCUUUUAACAAACUACCAAAUUAAAAACCAGCACAAAUCUUGUGAACCUGCAGUUCAGGUUAGGGUGAUAGCUUACCAGUCAUCUCACAAUUAUCCACCAAGUGAGGGCAAUUACUUUUUCUUCAGUUGUGGUCUAAAACUAUUUUAGUGACAUUUUAGGUGAGUACUGAUUAUGAUUAGAUGGCAUAGAUAUGUGUGUGAGUAAAUAAUGGCACAUUCAUACUUGUAGUUCUGUGAAAUAAAGGGUUGGGCCCUAUUUCUUGGCUCAGAAUCAUUCUAAUGAAUCUGAUCAUUCUUUUGCUUGGCUCUCCUGAGUGGAGAUAAAUCAAAUGAGAGCUCACUGUCAUUCUACAAUCCAAUUUGUACCACAAUGCUGGUAGUUCUUUAUUCUGUUACACAGGGAAUCACUGCAAGAUCAUGGACCCCUCUUCCCUGCUGCUCUGCUUAGGGGACACUAUUUAGUACUGGAGAUAAAAGGGACCCACGAAGUGUUAGCAGGGCUGCAGUUCAGAAAAUUAGAGGAAGAACUGGGCUCUGAGCACCAGUACACACCUGAAGUGAGAAUCUUUUCUCUAGGCUGAUAAUUCAUACUAUGAUUCACCACCACCAACAAAAUGUUGGCUCAAAGUAGACUACCUGCCCUCACGUAAGAAGUGGCUUUUUAUAUGCUAC